UCAUACAUUUGGUUUCAUCUAUAUGUACAUGUGCUGCAUUUUAUGAAUACGUACUACUAAUAUUAUACAUACGAUGGAAGGUGUACAUCAUUAAUGAACAAAUCCCGUUAAGACAUUCAACAAUCAGUACCUACAGAGAUAUGUAUUUGGAAGUUGUAGAUUGCUUGAACGUUCUCAAUAAAUCAGUAUACGGUAUGCCGGUUAUAUCGACUAUAAUUGCGGAAAACGUUGGACGGCUGUUCUAUACAUUUUACUAUCAUAUACUUUUUACUGUACCAACGAUCAUCGAUGAAGAGGUUAUAUCACUAACCAUGGAUCUAUCAAUACGUAUAUUUGAAGUCAUACUAUUAUACGGAAUUGGUCAAGCAACUGCACAAGAGAUAAAUCGAAUGAGUCUCGUGUUACACCAGCGGUCUUUGAUGGAAAGAAAUCCUAGAAUAAGACGUCAGAUCAAGUUUUUCAUCUUACGGAGAUAUCACGAACCCUAUCGUUUUGUGCUUUGUGGAAUAUGUGAGAUUAAUAUGAGAAAGUUAUUUUUAUUGUUAAAUAAGGCAGUUGCUUAUUUAAUCAUUCAAACUCUGUUCAAAUUGAAUAGAAAUACAGGAAGAGAUAAUUAUUUGAUUCAUAGUUAAUUUAUUAAUAAAUUGUGUCAUCGGUCAUUUUUUCUUUGUAUAAGUAUAAUUGUUUUGAAGGUUUAGUAGUUUAGUUCUGAAUAUUGAGUAUAUAUUUACAACGUUAAAUCCUUAACGUGAUUUAUCAAUAAGAAUAGAUUUAAAAUAUAAAUAUAAUAGUAUUUAUAAAAGAUAUCAUACAUUUAUAACUAAUUUAUUUUAAAGUAAUAUACAGCAGUUAACUUA